CCUUUUCUUUUCUACUCUGGUUGAAGUCUCUAUUUCAUUAUAUUUCGGCAUAUUCUUUCCACUAUUGGUCUUCAUCUUGAAUAACGACUAUAUACAUUAUUGACUAUGUCUUCCUUUGAAUCAUCUACUUAUGUUUCCGGACAGGAUGCAAUGACUGCACCACCUUUGAGACUUUUAUCGCUUGAUGGCGGGGGUGUUCGAGGACUAUCCGAGCUGAUCAUUCUUGACGAGAUUAUGAACCGUCUCAAAUACACUCUCAAAUCUUCGGUCGAUUUACUACCAGCAGAUUAUUUUGAUAUGAUAUGUGGAACAAGUACUGGAGGUUUGAUCGCAUUGCUACUUGGACGACUUCGAUUUUCAACAGCAGAAGCAAUCAGAUGCUAUGCUUCAUUAGGGAAAGAAAUUUUCAAAAACAAAAGAUUGAAAAGUUUGCACGGUUACGCAUUUGAGUCAUCGAAUAUGGAGAGAGCAAUCAAAAAUUUGCUAGAAGUUAAAUAUGGGCAUGGUCAUGGCGACGACAGGAUGCUUGCGGACGAAGAAGAGAACUCGUGCAAAGCUGGCAAAGAUCGAAGUCCCAACUGCAAGAUUUGGGAAGCAGCUCGUGCAACUUGUGCAGCCCCUCUUUUCUUCCAAAGCAUCUUCAUUGAAGAGAAUGGGAUUGAUGAAGAGUUUGUUGACGCUGGUCUUGGCUGCAACAACCCUAUCAAACAACUGAUAUCAGAAGCUAAGUCCGAAUUCGCACAAACGAGGCCUGUUGCCUGCAUUUUAAGUAUUGGUGCUGGCAUCCCCAAAGCUCUUGGCUUCACAAGACCAAAGUCAUUGAUGGAGAAAGUGGCUCCUAUGAGCCUUGUGGACGUCUUAAAAGGCAUAGCAACAUCAACAGAGAAAGAGGCUGCCGAGAUGGAAAAUAAGUAUAGCAAUAUUCCUGGCAUUUAUUACAGGAUCAACGUUGGCAGGGAUAUAGGAGACAUUAGUCUUGAAGAGUUGAAGGAGCUUGAACAAAUCAAAAGUCAUACGAAAGCAUACCUUCGGAAGGAUAACAUCAGUUAUCAAAUUGAUAGCAUUGUAGCAGCUUUGGCACACAAGACUCAGCCGGGAAUUAGAUUACAUCAGCUUGGUAAUUAG